AUGGAUACAGCUAUAGAUCUGUCUGAUGCCUCCAAGGCGUUGGAUCUUGCGAAUAUUCGUUUCCAGUUGAUUCGACUCGAAGACACCAUUACCUUCCACCUUAUUGAACGUGUACAGUUUCCGCUUAAUGCCGCCAUCUACGACACGAACGCUCUUGCGAUUCCGCAGGUGAAUCCCGCCCUACCGGAAAAUCUAUCACUCGCCGACUAUCUCUUGGCUGAAACCGAGCGAAUACAUUCCUUAGUUCGGCGAUACGAUGCGCCCGACGAAUAUCCUUUCUUUCCCGAGGUCUUGCUUCGACCUAGGCUGCAACCCAUUAAAUAUCCCAAGAUCCUCCAUGAGAACGAUGUCAAUGUGAAUGCGAUCAUCAAGGAGAAAUACAUCAAGGAAGUUCUGCCCGAGGCAUGUCGGAAUUUUGACCGACCAGACCGCGGAGAGACCAAGGAGAACUACGGCAGCGCCGCCACCUGUGAUGUUGCCUGUCUGCAGGCCUUGAGUCGCAGAAUUCAUUUUGGCAAGUUCGUCGCGGAGAGCAAGUUCCAGACCGAAACUGAGCGAUUUAUCAAGCUCAUCAAAGCCGAGGAUCGUGCUGGAAUUGAUGCUGCAAUCACCAACGAGAAGGUCGAACUGCAAGUUCUCGAACGAUUGAGACUCAAGGCCAAGACUUACGGCAAAGACCCAUCAUCUCAAACCAAACCCAAUGGUGGAGAUGAGAAGAUCAACAUUGAAGCGGUGGUGAAGAUGUAUGCUCAGGUGGUCAUCCCACUGACCAAGGUGGUGGAGGUUGAAUACCUUAUGCAAAGAUUGAAGGGCACUCAAUGGGAGUGA